GGACUUAGCGCUGUUCUCGUUUUCUCCCCCUGAUGAUUCGGGUGUGGGGUCUGUUGGAGGAGUAGUCGAGCCCGGCGGUGCGCAGUCGCAGCAGCAGCAGAGUAACGCACCCGCGGCGCCAAGCACGACUUCUUCUGCUUCCAAUUUUUCGUCACCACGGCCGAGGAUCACAGCGAGAAGCCGGAGCAGCGCGACGGUCGGGAGUAGUACAAAUUCUGCCACUGCCUCCGUGGGGAUGUUAAGUGGCAGCAAAGGCCUCGGGUCAGUUUCCCGUGACGAGUCGGACCACCUGAUGGAAUACUUGUCGGGGCAUGGGGCGUUGAACACGAUGGUGCUCGUGCACGACAGCAUGGAGAUGUGCCGGAAAAUCGCGGAUUUCACUUUUGGCAAGGACCAGACGACGAUCAGCUUCAUCGACGGCGGCCCGAACGACCACAGUGCGAAGUUCAGCGACCGGUCCGGCCCCUACUACCCGCGCGUGCUGUACGGCUACCCGCGGACGGUCUUGUCCUUGCUGCGCACCAACCUGAACCGCAGCAGCAACCUGCGGCCGAGUAGCGGGAACGGUGUGGAUUUGCGGGAGCUGGAGGUGUUUGUCUUGGACGACGCGGAGAAGCUCAUUCAGAACAACUGCAUGGACGACGUGUGCGAAAUUCUGCAGAUCUGCAAGUUCUUCAGCCGGAAAAAGCUGCGGUUCAUAAUUCUCAGCGGGUACAUCCUGAGCAAUCACUUUGGCGCGCAAAGCGCGCUGAACGCGAGCGAUUUUGGCGCCAACGGCACGGGCGGAGAGUUUGGCGCGGGGUUCUGGAACAACGCGGAGAUGAACAAGAAGGAAAAUAACACGACUGGCGGCGCUGCGGGGACUACAGGGACCACGUCCAAGAUGUUGACCACAUUGACUAACAAGGGACAGAAGCAGCACAGCACGAUGCUGCGGUCGCUGCGGAACUCGUUAAUCAAGGGCCAGAACCUGUUCGGCCUGCGGAAGGACCAGAUCCGGGCGCGCGCGCGCCGCCACGUGAAGCACUACGCCGUGGUUGCGCGCCGCAAGCGGUGGGCGAAACUGCUGGCGGACCUGCAUAAGACGCUGUCGCUGCCCAUGGGCGUGAUAUUUUUUGACCACAACGCGCAAGCCGCUGCGGCGCAGGGAACGGGCGGAGCAGCAGCAACCGCAUCGACGCAACUGGGAACGCUUGGGACCAACAACCUCGGCGGUGGAGUAGUGCCGAAUAUCGCGGGCUCCGCGACUACCGUGGGUCUUCUGUCGGAAUCUCUUCUUCCGGGUGGAUCGCCGAGUGACGAGCAAACAACCGGCGGAACGACGAAGAUUGGUAAAACGACAUCCGAGGGGCGGCUGUCCAGUAAGGAAUCGGGUGUCUCGGGCGUCUCGACACCCAGCAACUCCACGUCGUCCUCUAAACGGGGCUUCAAAUCGAAUGCAGAGUUGAUCAAGCAACGGUCCAGAGUCACAGAGAAGAAGUUUUCGAUGGGCGGGAACGUCGUUGUAGUUUCGCCGGAAAAGAAAAAAUCGAUGAAAACUACGAGUAAUGUAUUCAAGAAAAAAACACCAUCACAAUCACUUUUGCACAUUUUUGCAAUACAAAAAAUUUUGUCAUGCGCAAAAAUGCAUCACAGUAAAGAGCUAUAAGCGUUUCCCCUUGUGUUUUUGCAAUACAAGAAAACUUUGUCAUGCGAGACAAAUUUCUGAUGCAAAACCUCCUAAAUGUGAUUGUGAUGGUGUUUUUCUCUUGGAUAUAAUGCCUCCGGCCCAACCAGUCCAGACGAGACAUCGGCCGGAGAAGAAACAUUGAAGCGUUCUAGGCUCGAAGACAAGAACUCCCAGUCGGCAGACGCGAAGACAGGCAGUGAGAGAGAAAAUGCUCGAGCUGAUGAUGCAGAAACGACGGAUCCGGGAGAAGUAGAGGGGAAGGCAACUACGAAAACUUCCGGUGCGGAUGUGAAGACAGACCAGAAGACCGAGUCUGCCGCUUCCCCCGAUGGCAAGGGAAAGCACGACGGAGAAGCAAGUAGUAAACCUGCAGCGCAAGCAAGUCCUUCAAUACCAAAGACGGCGUCGCCGCCCGCGAAGCCGCGGAUACGAAAGCCGCUCUCGGCCGCCGAGCGCGCGCGAGCCCAGCAGCAGCAGUCCGCUGCGACGUCCCGCGAAGAUAGCAAGGAGGAUCUGAGUGACAACAAGCCCGCGCCACGGAGCUCAGAAAGCGGCAACAAAGCAGCCCUGAAAAAGCAACUUUCAGAGGUACUUAUUUGAGCACGUGGCAACAGCCAUUUUCCUUUAUGUAAGUGUACGCAAGAGUCCUCGUAAUCGUAUGCCUAUGCACCGUCUCGGAAAGUAAGACUGCGAAAUAAAGCGUGUAUAUUUGUUUACAGGUUUAUCACGAGGAAGUGUCCCUUCUCGAAGACCUGAUGCACGGACACAGUCACGAGCUAUCUAUCCACCCAACGCUCGAUGCGCGAAACGUACCAGGCGGGUGCGAUUUCUACCUCACGCCGUCAAAUCCAAUCAUCCUCCGCGCCGAAGUGCCCAAAGGUCUGCGGUGCGUGGUGCACUUCGGCGUGCUUGAAACGCAUUUAUACGGGUUGCGGCUGAUGGCCUUACAGGUGAACGAAACGGAGAAUACUGGCAGUGCGGCAGCGGCAAACAACAAGCAUGGGGGGAACAACAAAACGGGGGGAACAAACGUCAGCGAGAAUGCAAACGCAAACACGACGCUGAUAUCGCUGUUGUUUGUAGAUCUGGACGAAGCAGACCAGACCAUUCGGGAUAUCGAAGACGAGUUAGAAAUCCGGAUUCAGGUGAUCCCGAAUGAACUGCUGCCCACAUGAAGGAGGUUUUUUGAACUCGGGGAGAUGUUUCGGUGUUCGGAGGCGUGUGUCCGAACCUACUUCUGGAAGACAUGUGACCUUUCUUAGUGGCGGGCUACAACACAGCACUUGAGUGGAACAGGAAGCGGAACGAAAGUCGAAGUGAGCGGUUUUGACAUUUUUACGAUGCUACAAAAGCACAAACCUGAGGUUAGUUUUGUUUUGCAAAAAGACAAAAACCUUGUCUGAGGGACCAGUAAAGGAAAAAAAGGACCUCUACCGCUUUGCUGUGAAAAAAGCUGUGAACUAAAUUGACCGCGAU